AUGUCGCUCCUCUCCGCGGAAGUCCACCAAACCGCUUGGAACGAGUCGACAACGCAACAACCGCUAUCGGUUACCAUCGAAGACGCGGAAGAUCAUUCGCCUGGGGUCUUGGCGUACUCGCUAUUCGAAAGCUCACAAGAACGUCACACACCUGAGUUUUACGCUCACAACUUGAAAAGGGACCCUUACCUCUUGGAGUCGAGUUUGCGCGAAGAAUUUAUGCUCAAGAAAUUCGAUACACCCAUGUCAGGCAACUCUGAUUCUCAUAAUUGGUCUAUCGACGACAUUUUGGCCGAAUGCACGCCCGAGAAGACCUCGUUGUGGACAGGCGCCAUUAGCGAAGAAGACCCUCUGUCAAGGGAACUCGACGACUCCUCCUUCGAUAGCUCUCCGAGCUAUAACAAACUAAACUGUGACUCUCAAAUAAUGAGCGGCCGCGAGUAUGGUAGCAAUUUGAACCCCAUAUUGCACGGUCAAACUCUCAAAGGAACAGACACCACCAACCUUGAGCCUCGCAAUCAAAGGCCCAAUGUGACGAUAAACACAAAAAUACUGCGUACGACUCCGGUUUCGUCGCCUGCGAAAACAUUUCUCAAACCCACCGAAUCUUUGACUGGCAAGAAACUUGCCAAAGCCAAAGUCACCAAGCCACGCGGUAACAGAAGUUCCAAAUUCAAUGUCGGUGCAAAAAGAGCGUCGCUUCAAAAACUGGUUGCCGAUCUGCAAUCCACAAGCACCUAUCGAUCAACCGACACAAACGGGCUUCUUGUUCGCAAAAGCGUUGCCAAAGAACUAAAAAUCGAAGACCAGUGCGCCACCCCCAUGCUUGAUUUUACUGGUACACUCUUCCCACAUGUGUGUCAAUAUCUUGCCGAACAAGCCGCCCAUUUCCAGCCUUCUGGUCAAUUUAGAACUAUUUGGAACUAUCACAGGCAGCAAACCGGGGCUGCAAUUUCCCUGAGUUUAACUCCGUAUAAUGGGGAAAUUAGCAAGGACGGUGAAAACUACCAGUUCUCUGUCAUAUCCCGGAUCUUGCCGCACGACUGCUUUGGGAAACCGCAAUGUGUCUCUAAGAAAAAAGUCAAUAAAGUUCAAGAGGAGCUGGAGCGUGAAAAAAGAGCCGCUGAUGGCUCCAUGUAUCAAUGGCGUCAUUUCAUUACCAGCUUCGAGUAUUUCAGACUUGUGUCAUUUAUGCUUGGAUCAAACUAUGACUAUAGUCUUAAUGACAAUCAAAUUGGCGAGACAAGAGGCAGCGACGGGAAAGUCAUUUCGCCAGAAAAGAGGCACGACAUGAGAACUCGAUCACACGCAAAAAUAUUUUUCGAGGGGAAAGCGGUUAAGAGUGCCCACGACUUGACCAGCGGCGAAACCGCAAACAAACGCCGAACAUUUAUCGUGGGAACUUUCGGCCAAAUAAUGGGGUACACUCAUAUGAAGCCAUUUGGCUCCGAUUCCUCACUUUCAGUAAUGGAAUUCAGGUACUUGGAAGAAGCGCUUUCCAAAGAGAUCAAUUUUCACUUAUUUCAUAAAGUUUAG